GGGGGUUGCAAAGACCAUUGAAAAAAAAAAUGUAGCUAGCGAGUUAGUUCAGAGAAGGGAGACAAACGGUGCGACAUGGUUUAAACCGCAUCAGCUGGAAUCGAGGCUACAGAAGCAGUUGCCGUGAGCAAAAUAAGCAGGAACAUUGCAACAGGUUACGGGCCCGGGUCCAUGGACCGCCGGUAUCCGGGGGCGACGCACGGGCCAGCCGAGAUGCAGAAGCUGCUGUCGGAGUUCCGCGCGCUGUACCGUGAGCGCCUCCAGCGGAUCGACCAAUCGGGCGACGGCGGGGAGCCAGCACUGCAGCGGAAGGUGACGGUACUGCAGGCGUUCGUGGAGGACCUGAGCGAGCAGAACGAGGUUCUGAUCCAGACGGUGGAGGAUGUGAAGCAGGAGGCGGAGUCCCGGGUCUGCGGCCUGCAGCAAGAGCUGGAGGAGCUUCAGAGAAGGCUGCAUGUGAAAGAUGGCCAGCUGGUGAAACUGCAGAACGGCAGUCAUGGCUUUUCCCCCAGCAAGCGCCCGCCCUUGGCUCCGUGCCCAGUGCCAGCGGACGCAGCGGAAACCACGACGACGAUCCCCGGCGCCCCUGGUUGCCAUGCCGAUUGGCGACCGGACCUCCCUUCCCAGGAUCCUCUGCUCCAUCACCUUCGCCAGCAGCUCAAAGAGGCGUCGCUGAGCCAGCAGGAGGCCCAAUCACAGGUGGAGGAGCGCGAGGCCCAGAUCCAGGAGCUCCAGGACACCAUCACGGAGCUGCACCAGGAGAUGUCCCUGAAGGACCAGGACAAGCUGAGCCAGCUGCAGGAGCUGCACCUCCUGGAGAGCCGCGUCAAAGAGCUCACCCUGCAGGUACAGAGCUCUGAGGAGACAGUGAACCAGCUGAGAAGGGAGCUAGCUGCAGUGGAAAGCACAGUGAGUGCGGGCCAGCCCUGGUCAGGUGUACCCCCUCUUCACCCCAUAGGACUGAGGGGGACAGAGCUACUGAAGUCUGAGCUGUCCCGGCGCGACGGAACCAUCCAGAAACUUCGGCAGGACGUGCUCCAGUCCCACCAGGCCCGGGAUUCCCAGAGCGCCCAGCUGGACGCCCAGGAGCAGCGGAUCUCCCAGCUGCACAGAGAGCUGCAGGAGAGCCAGCAGGAGCUCCAGCGUGGGCACGGCCGCUCCCAGCAGCUGCACAGGGACCUCUCCGCCGCGCAGAGCCAGGCCCGGGAGCUCCGAGUCCAGCUGUCGGAGGUCAAAGGUCGGCUGGCGCAGGUGGAGGCGGAGAAUGAGGCCCUCAGGACGUGUAAACAGGAGCAGAAUGCCGAGGUGGCCAGGCUGUCGGCGGAGCUGCGCUCCCUCCGGGCGGCUCUGCAGGAGCAGGAGCAGGGGAGCGAGGACGCCGCGGAGACAGGGAGGAGGUGCGGGGAGCUGGAGAGGGAGCUGAAGGAGGCGCAGGCCCAACUCACACUCUGUGAGGAGAGAGCUGAGGAACAGCUGAAGCAGCUGCAGUCAGAGGUGGCCAGCCUGAAGGCCCAGCACAGCUCUGCCAGUCAGCAGCUGCAGGAGCGCAGUGGGGAGGUGCAGAGCCUGCAGCGGGCCCUGGAGGAGGUGCAGGAGAGGGAGAGGGAGCAGGGCCGGGACUACUCCUCCCUCCGGCUGCAGCUGAGCCGGGCCAGAGAGGAGCUCCACAGUGCCACCCACAGGCAGGACCAUGCAGUGCAGGAGCAGGGGGAGGAGCGGCGCAGGAUGGAAGAGCAGUGUGAGCAGCUGCAGGGGGAGGUGGGCCGUCUGCAGGAACAGCUGGAGACAGAACAGGCAGCGAUACAGAGAGAGAGGAGUGAGAGGGAGGAGGAGGUGGAGAGGUUGAGGGAGGAUCAGAAGCGGGUGAAAGAUGAGGUCACCGCCGCCGAGAACAAGGUCCUUUCCACAGCCGCUCCCAGGAGGAGGCGCGGGCGCAGGGCGAGCGGGCGGAGGAGGAGGGCGCAGGGCCUGCGGGAGCGGCUGCAGGAGGCGCAGGCCCGGGAGGAGCAGCUGCGCUCCACGUCCGACGGCCUCCGGGCCGACCUGGAGCAGGCCCACACCCAGCGCAGGGAGGCCGAGGAGGAGGGCUCCCAGAGGCAGUCCCGGUUGCGGUCCCAGGAGGCGGAGCUGACCAGGCUGCGGGCGGCCCUGCGGGAGGCGGAGUCUGUUGCCGCGGACACGCAGGCGCGGCUGGAGCCCCUGUCCCGCUCUGCGGACCUGAGCCGGCAGAAGUACCAGGCCUGCCUGGCCAAGGUCUCCCAGCUGGAGGGAACACUGCAGACCAGGGAGCAGGACCUGGAGGAGGCCCGGGCCCAGGUGACGGAGCGGGAGGCUCAGGUGGGGCGUUUGCGGGCGGAGAUCGCGGCCCUGCACGGGGACCUGCGGGCCCACUGCGCGCAGCUGGAGAGCGGAGACGAGGCACUGAGCGCGCUCAGUCAGCAGCUGCGCGGCACGCAGAGGGAGCUGGAGGACUGCCGCAAACACGGCCAGGAGUGCGAGCAGAUCAUCGGCACGCUGCGGGAGAACUGCGCAGAGCUGCGCAGACAGGUGGAGGAGCAGGAGGAGACGGUUGUGAAGGUCCAGGCGGAUUUCUCGGCCUACAGAGCGACUCACACGCACGCGGACUCGGACUACGACUCCCAGGUUUCCCGCGGCCAGGAACUCGAGCAGGGGCUGACCCAGGCCAUGGAACAGUGUGCCCAGGGCAGCCAGGCGCUCAGAGAGAGCCAGGACACCCAGCAGCAGCUCAGAGACGAGGUGAGCCGGCUCAACGAGCAGAGGAACAGCAGCACGACAGAGGCCCUGCGGCUGCAGGAGGUGGUGGCCCACCUGAAGGGGGAGGUGCUGGAGGAGGUGCAGAGGAGGCAGGCAGAGGUGGAGCUGGUGGAGCAGCAGGCCGCCCGGCUGGAGGAGGACCUGCGGGGGGCGCUCCGGCAGUGUGCCCAGAAAGAGCAGGCGGUGCAGAAGCGGGACGCGCUCCUGAGGAGGUCGGAGGCGGACCUGGUGGAGGCACGGGAGGCCCUCAGGGUCCGCGGGGCCGAGGCGGAGAGGCAGACCGCCGCCGCGCGCGACCUGGAGGCCGACGCCCAGCGCGCCCGCCGGGAGAGCGAGCGCCGGGAGGCCGCGUGCAGCGCCCACCGUGCAGAGCUCCUGCAGCUGAGGGAGGAGCUGAAGGAGGCGCACACGCGCUGCAGAGACACAGCCCAGGAGCUGGCCCGGCAGGAGGAGAAGAUGGUGCUGCUGGAGGGGGGUCAGCAGCGGGCCCAGGAGCAGCUGGGGGAGCGGGUGGCGGAGGUGGUCCGGGCCGAGCAGGCCCAGCGGAGGCUGCAGGCGGAGCUGCGCAGGCUGAAGGAGCAGCUGGCCAACGCCGAGCAGCAGAGCCAGGACUACAGGUACAGACAUACCCCGAGAUCCAGGACUACAGGUACAGACAUACCCCGAGAUCCAGGACUACAGGUACAGACAUACCCCGAGAUAUAG